AUGAACAACAACAGGACACAAGCCACCGGCGGCGUCCCCGAGAAGACGAAGCAAGAAGCAAUGGCUUCUCCGGAUGCGAGCAUGAGCAGCGGCGGCGGAUCAUGGAAUAAAUGGAAUGUCCGCCGCGCGCUGGGGCAAGGCGCGUCGGGCGCCGCCGUGUCCCUCGCGGCCGACGAUGCCUCGGGGGAGCUCUUCGUGGUGAAGUCGGCCACGCCGGGGUCGGGGCAGCUCCGGCGCGAGUGGGCCCUCAUGUCAGGGCUCUCCUCGCCGCACGUCGUCCGGUGCCUAGGGUUCCGCGCGUCCGGCUCCCGGGAUCACCUGCUCCUCGAGUACGCGCCGGGCGGCUCGCUCGCGGACGCGGCCCGCCGGCGCGGCAUGGACGAAGCAGAGGUCCGCGGAUACGCGGCGGACGUCCUCCGGGCGCUGGACUACCUCCACGGGAGCGCCCGCGUGGUGCACGGGGACGUCAAGGGCGGCAACGUCCUGGUCGGCGCCGACGGCCGCGCCAGGCUCGCGGACUUCGGCUGCGCGCACAGCAUUACUGGAAGAACGACGACGAUGCCGUUGGGCGGCACGCCGGCGUUCAUGGCGCCCGAGGUGGCGCGAGGGGAGGGGCAGGGCCCGGCGGCGGACGUGUGGGCGCUCGGGUGCACCGUGGUCGAGAUGGCCGCGGGCGGCGUCCUUCGUGCCCACCAGGAUGACAACGUGCUCGCCGCGGUGCGCAGGAUCGGGUUCACGGACGACGCCGCUCCCGAGGUGACCCGGUGGCUGUCCCCCGCCGCCAAGGACUUCUUGGGCCUGUGCUUCCGGAGACGCGCUGAUGAGCGGCCCACGGCGGCCCAGCUCUUGGAGCACCCGUUCGUGGCAAUGGCGUCAUGCGGGUUGUUGUUGAAGAAAGAGGAGUUGCCUGUGAAGAGCAAGCCUACAUGGGUGUCCCCAACCAGCGCGCUCGACGCGGCGUUGUGGGAGUCGGAUUCUGAAGCCGACGACGACGACGAUGACGUGUCAUCCAGCAGCCCGGUGGACAGGAUCAGGGAAAUGGCAUUGAGCAGCUCCGGUAGCCUGCUGCCGUUGCCGGACUGGAUCAGCUCCGACGAUGGCUGGAUUCAAGUAUGCAGCAGUAGGAACUAA